CGUCUGUCGUCUGUUCCGAUUGUAACGAAUCGCAAUUUAGUGACUCCUUCUCCCAGUAGAGGGCGUAUUUUGCCCGAAUGAUGAAUACAAACUGAUCUAAAGUUUACAAUAAGUUACGACUCGUAACUUAAAAAUGGAUGUUGCGGGAUUAGAGGCCGAAGCGAAAGCAACUGCGGCCAAACACGUUGCUAAUAUGCUUCAGAGACCGGAUCAGUUAGAAAAAGUUGAGCAAUAUAAGAGACGAGUUGGUAGAAAAAAGGCCUCAGUUGAAGCAAUGUUGAAAACUGCCAUGCAGACACAAUUAGAUGGUGUGAAAUUAGGUUUAAAUCAGUUGCAGACAGCAUUACAGGACAUACAAGAUAUUAAAUCAAAUUUAAAAGAAAUUGAAGGAAAUUUUCAAGUUAUUCCAUUAUUAGCAGAAAGAUUGCAAGAUGUUCGUGAAGAAAGUAUGAAACAUAGCCAGGUAAGAUGUGCUAAGAUAUUACCAAUCAUUUUUAUAUGUUAGCCAUUAUGGCCAAUGCAUGAUGCAACUCAGUGCUGUCCUUUGGUAGCAUAUAUUGUUGUCAUGCCAUUUCAUAUAGGAGUCUGUUGUGUUGAUGUUCAAACCAUUGUAAAAUGCCAAUUUCAUAGUGCUAUAAAAAGACAACAAUAACUAUGGCUAUGUUCUUUGUAGCGUUAAAUUUCAAUUUAUAUCUUAAGUACAUAUCUACAACUAAAAAUGUUAACUUUCUAAAUAACCAAAAAAUAUCUUAAUAAACAGUAUUUUAAACAAAUAAAAUAAAAAGUAAUCUGCUACAUCUUAUUAAAGAAGAAAAGCAUAAACAAAAGUUUUCUAUAGCCUUUUGAAAUGGUAGUGUUUUCCUUGCUUUCCACUGUGGUGAAUUAUUUGAAAUAGAAAGGACUUCCAAUGUACUUUCUUUGAUUCUGAUCUCUUUAUACAAACUUCUGACAUACAUAAAACUGAAUUGUUCAAAUGCAAUCAAAAUGGAACCUGAAAAGCACACUUGUAAGCAAAAUACAAAGUUCUUGUUACUCUUAAAAAAAUCCAAACAAAAUGACAUAGAGAAAAUAUUUCAAGAACUUGUAAAAUUUUAUGCAUUAAAAAUGCUUUACAGUAUGUAAAAUCAAUAAAUAUAUUUAAAAUUUUUUUUGUUUUUUAGAGUGUGUAAAUCUAACCUACACCAAUCCACAUGCAAGAUCUUGCAUGUUCAGUACCUAAUUUGCAUAAAAGGAUGUAACCUAAGAACCAUGCAUA